AUGUCAUCGAACCAGGACCCGAUCUGCAGUGACGAUGAUCAGGAACUGCUGAUUUCCGCCCCGCUUUCGUCUCUGUGCCGCAUUAAGGGUAUCUCGGUUGUGGCACCGGCGAACGAUACUGCGCCGUCACGAGUCAAGAUCUUUGUCAACCUCGUCAGUGUGUCAGGGUUUUGCUCUGUUCGGCGGCUGGUUCCACAGGAGCAGCUGCAGCUUGCGGACGGUGGCUGCGAGGAUCGUAUCAUCUACAGGGUGAAUGCGACCAAAUUCUCGGCGGUCUCCUCGCUUACCUUCUUCUUCGAUGAGAGCUACAAUGGCGAGGAGACAAACGUGCUGCGCAUCGAACUUUUUGGUGAAAAUACAGGCAAGUCUACGCAGCAACAGGUGGCAACGAAUAUUGUAUACGAGGCUCGCGGAAAUCCGGCAGAUCACCAGAGCGGGGAAAACAAGAAGUCGCUGUUCGAGGUCAGAUGA